ACCGGCAGCUGAUGAUGUUUUUGUACUAAAACAAGAGCUUGUGUCCGUACAAACCCUGAUGGACAAAAUGACGCAGGAAAGAGAGAAAGAGAAAGAGGAAUUGCAAAAGGAUUACAACAGUUUAAAAGUGCAGUUUGGGAUAAAGGAGACAGAAUUAAGAGAGCUACAAGCCAGACUACAAGAGGCGCCAAAAUCAGAAGAAGUUGUCAGGCUGCAAUCCUCUCUUGCUGAAAAGGAAUCCAGCCAAGAGGAACUGAAAGCUCUUGUAGACAAGUUAAACCACAGUUUGGCCGAGCUGAGGGAAAGUAAGCAAAAGGUACAGAACAAACUUGAACAAAGUUCAAAAUCUCUGGAGGAAAAUUUGUUACAGAUUUCCAGUUUGCAAUCUGCACUAGAUGAAAAGGAGGAGUUAAAAAGUCAGUCACAGCAUGAAGCAGAAAAAUACAAGGAGACAGUAGAAGAGUUAACAAGUGAACUUGAAAUGGUAAAAAAAUCACUGGACAACAAAGUAACUGAGCUUGAAGACCUGCACAAAAUGUUAGGGGACUCUGAAAGCUCAUCACAGACUGUACUGCUGCAGAAGGACCAACAGCUCAAUGAACUGAGAUUCCAGAUGGAAAAGCUUCAGGCUGACCUUGACACAAAAACCAGCCAGAUUUCUGAUCUUCAAGAUCAGCUCACAACUUCCAAUAAAGUGUUUGAAGAUGAGAGGCGUUCCUGUGAUGAGCUGAAAAGUCAAGUAAUUGAACGAGAUUCCAAGCUGGAAGAGGAGGCUCGGAAGUUGAGCCAAAUGGAGGAAAAAUUGAAGGAGUUUGACAAAAGGAUCACAUCCAUGUCUGAAGAGAAACAGAGGCUGGAGGGUGAGAGGCAAGAGUUAGUGGCCAAGGUGUGUAGUUCACUGCAAGAAAAACUGUCAGCAUUAGAAUCCACACUUCAGAGUCGAAGUGUAGAACAUUCAAGUAAAGAGGAAGCACUACAUAAACAGGUUCGGGAUGUCAAAGGGCUUCUUCAAGAGGCUGAAGCCAAAACAUCCAAGCUGGAGACCACUCUAGGAGAGAAAGUAGCCAAGCUGAAAAGUGUGGAACAAAAACUACAUGAAGUGGAGUCAGAAUUGAAAACUAAGGCAGAACUGCUGCUGGCUUCAGAUGCAGCAAAGACCAGUCAGAGGGUAGACCUGGAAAACCACAUCAAGACAGUCAGCAGUACACUGGAGAAGACCAACGCUCAGCUAGCUACUGCUAAAACACAGCUUGAUCAAGCCAGCAGUGAUGUUUCUGCAAAAAAGGAAAAGAUCACCCAGCUUGAAUCCAAACUUCAUGAGCAGAAGGAGAAAUUGUCUCAAGCUAACCAGAAGACAAAUUCAUUGGAAAGAGAACUGAAAGAUAAAAUAGCCAGACUUGCACAGUUAGAGCAAGAGAAACAAGAACUGGCUGAAACUGUAGAGUCAGUGACACAGAAUCUGUUCGCCGCUAAAGAGAACCUGAAGACUGCAGAGCAGGAGACAGAAGUGGAGAGAAAAGUAAGAGCAUCAGAGACAAGUGAUCUUUCACAGAAACUGGAAAUUGUCAUGGCUGAGAAAGCAGAGUUGCAAGAAAAGUUAUCUGAGAAGGGUUCUAGCCUGGAAGAUGUGCAGAAGAAACUCACAGAAAAAGUUGCAGAACUGGAGCUUGUUCAGAAUGAGCUCUCAAAGGCAAAGUCUGAUUUGACGGCAAUUGAAGAAGAGUUAAUACAGACCAAAGAAAGCUCCAGUGCACAGCUGUUGUCAUUGACUACACAGUUAGAGAAAGAGAAAGGCAAUGCUGAAGGGGCUAAGCAGGAACUGCAGAGACAGGUUUCUUCUCUGACGGAAGAAAGGAAUUCCUUGACACAGGAGAAAGUCAACUUUGUAAGCCAAGUUACAGAUCUGAAGCACAAAACCCAGCUGCAGAGUUCUGAGAUAGAAAGCCUGAAAGAACGGUUGGGUCAGGAGAAGGCAAUUUUAGAAGAAAAGAUUAAAUCAAUUCAAGAUCUGAAUGAAAAGAUCUCAGAACUGGAAAAUAGCAAAUCCUCACUUGAGUCAAGUAAACAAGAACUAGAAUCCAGACUGUCAGGGCUAGAAAAAAGACUAGAAAUAUUGAACCAAGAUAAAGAUUCCUCAUUGAACAAGUUAACAGAAGCACUGCAGGUAGCAGAGACAAAUCUGGCAGACACCAGUACCAAGUUGAAGAACACAGAGGACAGACUGCAACAGAUAGAAGUAAGGAAUGAAGAGCUGACACUGAAGCUUGACCAAAGAAAUGAAGAGCUCAAGAUUAAAACUGAAGAACUUGAGUUAGCAAAGACCAGAGAGACAGAGCUUAGUAAUUCUUUCGAAGAGCUAAGUGAGAUACGAAGUGCCAUGAAUACACAGAUGUUGAAACUGGACCAAGAGAAAAGAGAUGCAUUGGAGGCUAAGGAGACACUUUUAAAAGAGAAGAAUGACCUACAGGCUCAAUUGGAAACACUAAAGACAGACCUGGAGGAGUCUAAUGCUACAAGAGAAGAGUUCAAAAAUGAAGCUGCAAGAUUCAGAGGACUUCUGGAACAAGAACAACAAGAGAGGAAGAAGUUGCUGUGUUCAUUUGUUACUUCUCUACAUAAUGUACUGGUGAGUUGCUGUGUUCCAUUUGUUACUUCUCUACAUAAUGUACCCGGUGAGUUGCUGUGUUCAUUUGUUACUUCUCUACAUAAUGUACCGGCGGCCCAGUUAUCAGCAUUUGAAGCCCUGCAGAAGGAGAAGGAUGAAGCGGAGGCAAGGUCUGAGAUGCAGUCUUCCCUUUUGAGUGAGAAUCUGACCACACUGAGGUCUGAGCUGACCAUAGCUGAGGACAAAGUAGAUGAGCUGACCCGGUUCAAUGAUCAGUUGCAAGGAGAGAAGCUCGAGCUAGAGGCAAAACUAGAGCAUAAUAAUGAUGAAAGAAGAAUCUUGGUAGAAAGGUGUGUUACAAGUGAGAAGGAAUGUGAAAAAUUAAGAGAGAAAGCAGCAGAACAGAGACGGAAGCUUGAAGAUAUGCAGGCUGCCCUUCAAGAACUAGGUCGUGAAAACCAGACAUUGCAGAUUACCACAACUAAAGUACAGGCUCGCAAAUGGGCAGAGGAUGAUGAAGUUACUGAGUGCACAUCAUGUGGCAAAGUUUUCUCAGUCACAGUCAGAAAGCACCACUGUCGUAACUGCGGCCUCAUCUUCUGCAAUGAAUGCUCUAGUAGAACAGCUCAAGUUCCCACAAUAAAAAAGCCAGCUAGAGUUUGUGAGUCAUGCUUCAGUGAACUCAGCACACGGAAAUAA